AUGGAGACAGAUAGACGGACAGAGACAGAGAGACAGACAGAGAGAGAAGGAGACAGACACAGACAGAGAGACAGAAGCAGAGAGAAACAGAGGGAGCAGCAAAGGUGGAGACAGCUAUCGGCGGAGGAGAAGAGAAGCUUUCAGUCGCGGGCGCGGGAGGCCAACGAAGCGUGGAAGAAGCAGCAGCUGGAGCAGGAGCUGCAGCAGCAGCAGCAGCAGCAGCAGCAACAGCAGCAGCAGCAGCAGCAGCGGUCACAGCAGCAGACGCCACCAAACAGCUCCAAACAGAACGCACAUCUUCAUACCCCGCUGCCGCCGAGUAUACAGCAGCAGCAGCAGCAGCAGCAAGCCCAAGCGCAGAAGCAGCAGAAGCAGCAGCAGCCAGUUGCUGCACCGCAACAAGUCCAGGCAGCAAGGGGGCAGCCGCAGCAGCAGCACCGCCUGCCGCCGCAGCAGCAACUGCAGCAGCAGCAGCUGCAGCACCAGCAGGCCUCGGCAGCCCUGCAGCAGACGCCUCAGGCAAUGCCCCCGGCCUUCCGACAUGCCCAGCAGCAACAGCCGCAGCAGCAGCAGCAGCAGCAGCAGCAGCAGUGGCUGCUGCACUUCUGCUGCAGCAGCUGCUGCUGCGCCUGGGCUGUGUGGUGGCCCUGCUGCAAUGCUUGCCCCGCUGCAGCAGCAUCCACGACAGCAGCAGAUGCAGCAGCAGAUGCAGCAGCAGAUGCAGCAGCAGCCCCGCUGCAGCAGCAUCCACGACAGCAGCAGAUGCAGCAGCAGAUGCAGCAGCAGAUGCAGCAGCAGAUGCAGCAGCAGAUGCUGCUGCCGCAGCAGAUGCAGCCCCACAACAUGCUCAACCCAGACAUGGGCUGGCAGCAGCCGCAGCACGCGCUGCAGCGGCCUCCAGCCUAUCGGCAGCAUCCAGGCCAGAUGCAGCAGGUGAUGCAGCAGCAGCAGCAGCAGCAGCAGCAGCAUGCAGUGCCGCGUCCCCUGAAUGUAUCGAGCUCGCCGCCUGCUGCUGCUGCAGCUUUUGCUGCUGCACCGAGGCAGCUGGACACAGAGGUGGAGCACAAGGGUGGCGUGCCAUCUGCUGCAGUUCAGCACCAGCCCUACUUUGCUUCACCGCAGCAGCAGCAGCAGCAGCAGCAUCACCAGCAGCAGCAACCGCAGCAGCACCUAGGCGUCCCUCUGGGGGGCCCCCAUCGAUGGCCAGAAGCUGAUGCUGCUGCGCCUCCGCCGGGGCCCCCCGCCUUCUCCUACGCUGAGGUGCCAGCAGCUGCUGCGACCGAGAACGAAGCCGGUAGCAGCAGCAGCAGCAGCAGCAGCAACAGCAGCAGCAGCAACAGUAGUAGUGGUGGUGGCGGUGGCGGGGCAGAUGGAGAGGAUAAGUGUAUGGCUGAAAUCGCUGCUGCUGCUGUCGCUGCAGCUAGCGAAGCAGCAGCAGCAGCAGCAGCUGCUGCUGCUGCUGCGAAAGAACUCUUGCGGGCCGUUCCUGAUGAAGAUGACGCCGCUUGGGAGCUGCAGCAGCAGCAGCACGAAGAGACAGUGCAGCAGCAGCAGGAAGAAAUUGCCCAGCUGCGUCAGCAGCAGGCGCGCAUGCAUCUCGAAGCAGAGAAGGAACUUAACAGCAGCAGCAAGAGCAGCAGCAAGAGCAGCAGCAAGCAGCACCGCCGUCUCCGUCUUGCUGCUGCAGCAGCCACGGACCCAGCAGCAGCAAGCAGGUCUUCUAAAGGAGCUCAACGCCAUAGCGUCAGCAGCAGCGGGAGGAGCAGCAGCGUAGAUACAGUCGAGACCAUCAGCAGCAGCAGCAGCAGCGAGAGCAGCAGCAGCAGCAGCGAGAGCAGCAGCAGCAGCAGCAGCACAAGCGAUGAAUCCGAAGAGUCAGCGGGGCAGGAGGGGCCGCAGAAGCGCAACGGGGAGCAGCAACACAGCAGCGCGAGGAAGGGGACGAAGGAGCUGUGGCAGCAGCCGCGACAACCGCAACGCUGA